AUGGAGUUGUUUUUGCAACUGAAAGAUCAAGAUGAUAUUCUUCACAGUAGUUUAGAAUGUGAAUUUGAGAGUGAGGUAGGGUUUAUAAACUAAUUAUAAUUAAUUUCCGGUCUUUAAAUGUAGAUUUUUAGGCGACGCUCAAACAAUUAAAAUGCAAACUGAAGGCGGUAUGGGAUAUUGAUCAAGAUUAUCAAGAAAUUUAUUUUGACGAUGGAAAUCCACUUGUGGGACUCAGGGAAAAUAGCCUGAAAUCGUACGGGGUAACCCAUGGCUCUAAACUAAUAGUCGUAAGUUUUUAAUGUUAUAUUCGGUAAAUUUUUGUUUUUAAAUACAAAUGUUUUCUUUUGAGUUUGAAAUGUUUUUCACAAAAUUUCGACCAACAUCGUGGUUCCAAAAAUAAAAAUUUACUCUGGAACAUUUAAACGUGAAAUCCUUUUUUUGUGUACUCUGAAAAUUUUCUAAUUUUUUUUGGAAAUUCUACUCUGGCUCACGGUGCCGAGAUGUGAUUUCAACCUAAGUUGCCCUAUGAGAAAAACGUCUGAUUAAAUAGUAAAAUCUACCAAUAAAUAUGGAUCAUGUUCACAUUUUGAAGAGCAAUCAUUUUUUAGAAGCACUCGAAUCUAUCGUGGUGGUCGCAAUAUAAGAACUACAUAGAAAUCGCAAUAAAACCAGGUGAUAAAAGAAUGGUACAUGCCAGAGAGGCCGUAAAUCUCCAAACUCGUUUAAUGGAACAAGGAUUUUUCAAUGUGUAUAGCAGUUUCAACGCUUUUCGCAUGAAAUACCACCACGAUGUUGCCGCCUGGGCGGACGAUAAUUUGCAAUUAAUGAAAAAAGCAAUCGAGAUCCAAUUUCGUGCGCAACAUUUCAAACGUGGAGCCGAAGAUGAGUCUGAUUUUUCUUGUCGAUUUGAAAUUCGACCAAUAGAUCUAGCAGGCUCACGAAAAAACACAUUGGCCUUAGUUAAACUUCAUGGAGAGAAAGAAGAGACGAAAUUCAACGUGAAGUAAAUAUUUUCUCUAAUUUCCAAUACUUUAACUAUCAAAGUUUAUUUAGAUGUCACCAUUUCGGUCCUUCGUGUAGCUUUCCAAAAGGUCAAUUUCCUGAUAUCAAAGAAGUUUUUUGCUACAAGCUACUCGAAUUGAUCAACGUCGGGCCUGAGGCACAGUUUAUUCUCUCGAACAAAUUCACCGGCAGCAAAACUUCGAUGUAAUAAUAUUGAAUCUUACUCCAAUUUAAAUGUUACUCAAACUUUAGAUAUAUCGCAACCAAAUGGAAUGAGAGAUUUGUACCGAUUUCCGGCGGAGAAGAAAUUAACGUGGAAACACUUGGGCAACUUCUACUGCUUGGAAAAUUUCUGUUUCUCGACGAUCUCCACUCCGACAACUGUGGUAAUUUAAAAAAAAUAUGAACAUUACUAGUGAAAACAUUAUUAAUUUUAUUUAGGUAAAUGGAAAGAUACCAACGAAGCGGCGAUUGUGGAUUUUCUCCCUAAAAGUCACACUUUAUACAAAGACAUAAAGAUGGCGCUGCUCGACAAUCAAUCAUCAUUGUACUGGGAAACGACUCAGAUCGAUGCGUUGGAAAAAUGCAGUGAAAAAUUUCGAUUGCAAAUAGCAAAGAAGUAUAUUCACAAAUGGGAUCUAUUGACUAAGAUAGACAUGGCCAAUGAGCAAAUUAAGCGUGAGAAGGAUUUGAUGAAACGACAUGAAAUUGGCUUCAAGGGCGAAAAAAAUCCCACAGAAGAACUUGAACGUUAUAUAGAAGUAGUAAAGGAAAAUAUAACAGCAUUAAUCGAUAUUGUGAAUGACGUCGAGUAG